GUGUAGUUUCCCUGUGAGACAUUGAGAGAGAGAGAGAGAGAGAGACAAACAGUCCUGGACCACACCCCCUCAUUCCCUCCCCACCCGCCUCCCACAAAGACAUGCAUAGCAAAAACCAAAAGCACCACGGCUCCCCCGCUCCCUCCAGGAGCCUCCUGGUCCCCAUGAAGCCCAAAGCACCUGCAGUGGCCCCCGCUGUGGCUCCCGGUCCUGGGGAGACGCUGGCCUUCAGGGUCCCUAAAGAUUACCCUCACUCACGCUUCAGUAAGGCACCUCUCGCGGUCUACCCACCAAAGGGGGCUCGGAACAAGACGUGUGUAUCCCUUCCUGUCGUAAGCCUGGAGAAGAUGCCCUGCCUCAGCCAUGCCGGCGCUGCAUCACAUAUGCGCCUCACCACCUCCUCUCCCUCCUCCCUCAAACCUCCCUCCCUCACUCUCUCGGCCUCCCAACGGUCCAGCGAGAAACUUGUGAACGGCCGCGGCACCGGCGGGCCGUGCUCCACCACCUCUCCGUCCUCUCUGGACGGGUGGCCCAGUCCGCUGGACAGGCGGCUGUCGUCAACACCUUCUCCAUCCACGCUGGACCGCAAACCCUCCCCGUCACCUUCCCCCUCUCACCGAUCUGGCGCUCUGCAGCCGCCGUUGUCAUCACCAUUGGAGAAGAAGCACCAAAACGGGACUAAGACUCCCUCCAGGUCGCAGAAAAGACUUUCAGGGAGGGUAUUUGAUCCUAACAAGCACUGUGGAGUCCAGGACCCUGAAACUAAGCGACCCUGCACGAGGUCUCUCACCUGCAAGACUCACUCCUUAACCCACCGCCGAGCCGUCUCCGGCCGAAAGAAGCACUUCGACAUCCUCCUGGCCGAACACAAGGGGCGGGCGAAGGUCAACGUGGGAGCGAAGGAGAAAGACAGGGAUGGAUCGCAGGGAGUGAAGGAAGGCAGCAGCCCGAGUAUCACGCCACAAGAGACCUCAAGUCCCAGCAAGCCCCACUGUCCCAAUGGACGACUUCUGUCUACGCUGAAGCUCAGGCUGGCAAAUGCACACAUACCCAGGGUUCCAGGCUCCACCACCUCCACCUCCACCUACGGUUCUCUGCCCCCAGCACCAGCACCAGCACCAGCACCAGCACCAGCACCAGCACCAGCACCAGCACCAGCCCCCAACUCAGAGCCUUCUCCCCACAGUUUGGGGGCGGCAGCAGGAGACGGCGGUCGGCUUUCCAGUGACGAGGGAGACGCAGAGACUCCAGAGGACACUGACAGACCUGCCUUUCACUCCUCCCAUCGCCACCCACAGCCUUUAGGGGUGUGCGUAUUCAGCAGCAGGCUCAUGGGACGGGGUCACUACGUGUUUGACAGGCGAUGGAACAGGAUGAAGCUGGCGCUCCAGAACAUGAUGGAGAAACACCUUAACGCACAGAUGUGGAGGAAGGUGCCUUUGGCGGCUGAGAGCCUCCUCUCCCUCUCCUCCUCUGGUACCUCCCCCGUCACUUUACAACAGACUCCCUCUCCCGCCUCCAUCACUUCUUCUCACCUCUCGUCCCCCUUCAACUCCCUCUCCUACCCCGCCACAUUUCCUCAGUCUGCAUCCAUGGCACGGAUGUUGAGCAUUCGAGACGCUCCGCAGCCCGUCGCCCCAGUUUCCGUUCUGGGUAAAGCCUGUAACGGCACGCAUAAAGCCAGCCGCCCAUCCAAAGACAUGGAGGUGGGAUCUAAGAGGAGAAAAAACUCUUCCCAGCCCUCCUCCUCAUCCUUCUCUCCUUCUUCCUUGUUUGCAACUGUGGAUAAUGUUAGGAAGAACGGCAGCAUCUAUCAUCCAAUGUUACAAGGUUCGGGGGAGACGGCAGCAAACCAAGCCAGGAAAAAGGGCGGGGGAAGUGGGCUUUGGAGUAGUGGGGAGGACUGGACAUCCAGAGCUGAUGGGUCUCAAAGUCACAACUCACAGAACAGUCGCGCACUUGGUACGACCAGUAUACCCUACUCACCCAGCAGGGAGCCUGCCUCCGCGCCCCAUCGGCUCCUGGCCUCCCCCUCCGGACCCUUGGCUUAUGGGGGAGGAGCAGAGGGGAGGAAGAGGAGGAGUCCCAGCUCCUACAGAGGGAAGGCCAGCAAGCUGAGUCGGCAGGGCGGGUUGGAGAGCCUCUUUGGAAUGGGAGCGACAGCGUGGGAAUACUGGCUUCAGGGCCCGAGUCCCCGAGACGGACUAAGUUGCAUCACUGACAGAAGCCUGUUACAUGGACAGACUGUUGGGCAGCUGUGCAGACACCACCGUUUGUGACCUUUGACCUCACCACUCUUCCACUGACUGCACCAAUCAGACUGCUUCAUCUCGGUGAUGUCAACCCUAUUUAUCCAUAGGCAGUUCAGUUCACCCGUUGGGAACCUGGGACCCCGGAUUAUUUGCCCACAGUUUGGCCGGCGGUCACUUCCCCUCUCCACUUUGUAAAUGUGGAGCGCUGGGAUGGAAAGCUGCCUUGCAUCAGCGCGGUCGCCGUCUUUUCAGAACAAAUCCAAAAACUUAUCCUACGAAAAGGGAAUUUGCCUCACAAAGAUGUAAAGGCAUUCGGAAUAAUACCACCGCUGUACAAUUUUUUUGGGGGGGGGAAAACUUUUUUCUAAACUGGUUGUUCUGACCAUUUUCCUGGUUGCUGUGUCUGGUCAGCUAACAAGGAGAGAGAGUGUUUUUUGGGAGUUAGAUGGUUGAGGCACCUGCUGAUAAGACUACUGUAGGACCCAGCCUUCAUCUAUACCAACUCAACUGCCCCAACACUUUUUCUGUCUGUCUUUAGAUUUUUGCUUUUCCUCAGAGAUGGAAGAGAUGAGCAGCUUUAGUUUGGGAUUCGUCAACAUCUCUACAAUUCUCUCUACAAAUUGUAUUUAUCUCCUUUUCCACCCCAGCAUGCCUGUGUUCAAAGUGCACUUACUGCCCCUCGCCUCCUGCUUCACUGACUCCUGAGCAGUCACACGAGGACCUGUUCACACAAGGGAAGGGGAAAAUUUGCAUUGUAUUUUUAAUAUAGGAAGAAAUCCGAUUAUUAUUUGAAGAUUGUUUGUUUUUUCUUCGUUCUGGUUUCAAAUGUUGCAAGAAACAAACAUGGACUUGCAUACAAACAGGAAUGAUUACUACGGUGUUGGAUCUUUUUUUUCUACAAUAAUUUAUCGUUCCUAAAUGAUGUUUGAGCUACAGAGACUUUUUGAGCAACAUAAAUCCUUUCUAUGGCAUUUUGAAGAAAUGCUGAAAGUAUUAUGAUAGAUCAUACUGUUGAAAAUGUGUACCAUAUCUGUUAUUAUUUUUGUAUUUAUUAAUAAUUGUCCCCUUUUACUCAAUUUGAGCUCAGAUCUUGCAGUUUUUUUAAGUAGUACCAGUUAAUACUCUCACACAGCUAAACUUUGGCUUCUGCGGACCGAUAACAACAACAACCUGUGGUCAGUUCUAAAAGAAUGUUGUAUUCUGUUCUGUAAAGUAUUUUGUCAACAAUCCAAGAUAUGCACCGACAGAUGUCAGCCGAACUGCUAAUAUAAUUGGCAGUGGCUUUCCAAAAGGAAAGCAAACAGUCUUUUUCCAAAGAUUUAAUAGUGAGGUCUUUUUUUAUUUUAUUUUAGUCAUUUAAGUAUGCCCGCUGACUUCUUUUGAGUCUACUGAAUUGUUCCAGGGAGAAUACGCUACAUACUCAACACCUGCAAUGAAGUACUGUGUAGUUUGGAAUUGGGACGUAGCCACGGCCUUCAUUAGCAGGGGGGAUUACUCCGUUGCCUUGGAGAUGGCUCAUCACGUGAGGAAGGGGUCUGGUUACUGGACCAUGAGUUAGGAUUUAUUUGGUCUAACUGUUAUUUCUAAGGUUUAAUCACGAACCGUCACACUCAAUUAUCUUGUAUGUUGAUGGAAGAAUGGUGGUCCAAAAUGUCAGUUGACGGGCGUGUUUCUACACCAGUAUUCCUUCACAAUUCCAAAAGCGCAACAAUUUGAAACUGACAUGUACGCUCAUGAACAAUGGCUGAUUUUGUGACACCAGGCCCUGGUUAGUGUUCUCAUAUAAAGGACCCCACAUACCUGUUUGCCUGCAGUUUCACCUCUUUUCCUACUUAUACCAAUGUUCAGAACUAUAUAGCUAUAUUUUUAAGCUGUCUUUAUCUUCCAGUAGGCGUUUGUCUAGUCUCACUGUGACGACUCUUUGUUGUUGUGAUGUGAAAACCAAGGCCAGGUCAAAAAUUCUUUCACUCACGGCUGCUCCCAUCAAGCUUGGUGCCAUUUAUUCUGCAGCAUAGCCAUUCAUGCAAGCAUUAAAUUGUCUUUUAAAUGCCCACAAAGAAAAUGCUAAAUGUAAUUUCUAUAGCAGCUCAAUGCCACAACUUUAUGUCCAAAGUUGCACAAACGUGGUUAUUGUAUUGUAUUGUAUUGUAUGGUAUGGGUGCAAGAAAAUGACUGAGGUUUUGAUCGAUUUCCUUCGCUAAAUGUGGUUUAUGACAGAAAACAAAUGGUAAACAACACAACGUGUGGCGGAUACAGCCAACGUGACUGAGAGCAUUUCGAUGUGGAUAGCAGCGUCGAGCUGCGAGCGACGCUCCCACCUGGUACUCGCCGGCUGCUUCCAAUGUGUCUUUUUUGAAUGUGUCUCAAAAGCCUCUAAGCACUAAUGAUGAAUGAAUUGUACAUAAUCAGUUGUAUUAGUGUUAUGUGUUUCCCAAGUGCUUCCCCAUGAUGAUGCUAUUCAUCAACCUGUGAGAUCGGUCGAGUGAUACCGGCUCGGUGGUCUUUAUUUUUACGGUGGACACGUGGUUUCUCCAGGUACCCGCGGUGUACAGUUAACUCGUUAACACGCCUGCAAUCACACCAUAUAUUUCUCUCUGUUUUAACGCAACAUACCAACACGUGUACUCGUAUACAGAUGUUGGUUUAAUGGCUGAAAACCAGGGUUUAGGUGGGAAUUAAAGAUUUGUUUCCACUCGGUAUCUUCUCCCGUGGAUCUACAGAUCAAGGAGACCAUCUUAAAGCCGACAUGUUUUUGGGAAAGGCCACCCUGACUUACUGUUUAUAGAAAUGGGAAGUUGCAGCUCAAAUUAAGUUCAUGAAUUUCAGAGUAGUUGUAUUUUAUCUUUGCUGUUGAGUUUUAUGGAAUUAUUAACUUUUUUUUGAUUUGUUUUUUAAAAGCCUCCCCUUUACUUUUUGUUUGCACUUUGUCAUAAUGCCCCAGAUCUUUAAUCAACUUCUAUUUAUAUAAAUAUUUGAGAUAUAUUUUGUAAAAGAGUUUCUAGCAACUACAGUAAAAGAAGAUGAAUAUUAUAUUGUCGGCGAGUUGGCCCCUAAACCAGCGCACCGUGGCCGUUUGUUGUGUCUGACCCAAACUGUGUUGAAUGUCUGAAGAGUGUUUGCGAGAAAAUGGAUUUCCCAUCAAAACAACUGAACACUUGCUGUAUACAAAAGAAAUGACUUAUAUCCAAGCUUUUAUUAAAUGAAUGAAGGUGGUUGUCGUUUUAUUUCUAAAUCAAAGAUACAGAUUUUGAAUCGGAGUCCCACAGAUGAUGAGUGUUUUGUAAUGCAGUUUUUUUCUGUGUACGGAUCAUUGAUGCGAGACAUGAAAUGUUUGUGUUAUUGGAGCAGAGCGAAUAAGUCUUAUGUGCUUGUCAGUGUUUGAGCCUCAAUUAUGUAGUUUGUGCUUAAAUCUUUACCAGAUGCAUCUUUAAUUGCCAUUUCUAUUCUUGAAAACACUGCUGAGUUCUGUCUGCUUCCAUGCUAUAAUCUGAGAAAAUGUGCAACCCCUGUGGUUUCAAAGAUUUCCAGACUCCCUAACUGCUCUUGUGUUUCUUUACCAACUUCACCGACAUGUUGUCGGUCAGUCCACUACCUAGUCCACACUGAAACGGCUCAACACAUGUUGGAUGAAGAGGAUCAAUUCUACUGACUCGCGCCACCAGCAGGUUGACAUGUUGGGCUUCUCGUGAAAUGGCUUGUCAAAUAUUGGAUACAUUGCCAUCGAAUUUGUUACGGAUAUUCAUAUUUUUUUUGUGUAAUUUAACCAGAAUCCUUCUUGAUCAACAAUAAAGGGAAAGAGGAUCUUGAA